AUGGUAGACAUCAAUGCAAGAAAUAAACAUAUGCUUGAUAGAAAAUAUAUUUGUCCUGUAUGUUCAUUGAUAUUACGAGAGCCUGUACAAUUGACUGAAUGUGGUGAUCGACUAUGUCAAACAUGUUUAAAUGCUGAACAAGAAACGACAAUUAAAUGUCGGCAAUGUCAAGCAGAGAUAUCACGAAUUGAAUAUCAACAGGCCAUAUUUAAACUUAUUCGUCAAAUUUCAUCACAAUUCAAUGAUAGACAAAUGAAUAUUAAUCUUCCUCGAACAACAACUACUGGAGCUUGUAUUCCUGCUACAGCUCAAUUUGAAGAAGUUCAUGAAAUGUUGAAUAUCUUUGCAGGUGGCAUCGAAGCAUUGGUCAAUAAUGAACAACGUCUAAGUAAUGAAUCAUUCCAAAUGCAAAUUACACUUACAAUAUUGAAAGAAGAAUCAUCGAAAUUAAAAUAA